CGACCCGUAGUUUCAUUAUCACAACACGGAAGUUGCUAUGAAUGGUUAGCGCGCCACCUGCUACCGGUGUUUUUAGUCCUUGUUACGGACAAACAUAUAUCACUACCGAGACUAGUUGGUGUCAGACAGGUCUUCUGCCAGUGAGUCGAUCUGAAACGAGACGCCAUGGACUCCACUUAGAGCCGAUAUCCGCGUGAAACUGAGCAGAAAGCGUCACGUCGGCUGUUAGCUUACAACUUACUAUGUUGAGUCUAUUCUUUUCUUAAAGCGUCUGCAGGUCAAACACCAUGAAAGUCCGCUCGUCUGUCUUCGCCUCGUUCAUUUUGAUCUUCGAGGUGGUCGGGAUCGCCCUCUUCCUGCGGGGCUUCUUCCCCGUACCUGUCAAGUCCUCCUUCUCGUCCAAGAGCAGUCUGUCAGAUCAGCCCAAGGAGCCGCUGGCAGGCAGCGCCCCCAACUCGUCCCGGCUGCCCCAGCCCCUGUUCAAGAGGGUGGUCAUCAUGUUGGUGGACGCCCUCAGGGAGGACUUUGUGUUGGGACCCAGUGGUCGCAUGUACAUGCCCUACACCAGACACCUGGUGGAGAAGGGCUCAUCGCAGAGCUUUGUGGCCAAGGCAAGACCCCCGACAGUCACCAUGCCGAGGAUCAAGGCCCUCACCACUGGCAGCAUCCCAGGCUUCAUUGAUGUGGUAAUGAACCUGAAUUCUCCCGCCCUGCUGGAAGACAACCUCAUCUGGCAGGCCAAAACGGCGGGGAAGAGGAUCGUCUUCUACGGAGACGACACCUGGGUGCGCCUCUUCCCCAAACACUUCAUGGAGUACGACGGCACCACCUCCUUCUUCGUGUCGGACUACACCGAGGUUGACAACAACGUGACCCGCCACUUGGACAGCACUCUGAAGAGGGACGACUGGGACAUGUUGAUCCUGCACUACCUGGGCCUGGACCACAUCGGCCACAUCAGCGGCCCCCACAGCUCACUCAUCCAGCCCAAGCUGCUGGAGAUGGACGACAUCCUCAAGAAGAUCCACAGCGCGCUCGUCUCAAAGGAGGCGGAGGGGUCGCUGCCCUACCUGCUGGUGCUGUGCGGAGACCACGGCAUGUCGGAGACCGGCAGCCACGGCGGCUCCUCGGAGCCAGAAGUCAACACGCCUCUGGUCCUCAUCAGCCCGGCCUUCAAGAGAAAAGUGGGAAUGGAGAAGCCAGCAGUGGUGGAGCAGGUGGACCUGACUCCGACCCUGGCCCUGGGACUGGGUCUGCCCAUAUCUCAGAACAGCGUGGGCCGCGUCAUCCCGGGCGUGUUGGAGGAAACCUCGCUCCGAGAUCAGCUGCGCUUCCUGCAUCUCAACGGCCACCAGCUCAGCUGCCUGCUCAAAGACAGCGUGGCCGACUACGAGAAAGAUCCUGGUUUUGAGCAGUUUCGCGUGGCAGAAAAGGCUCAUGGGAACUGGAUGAAGCUCUACCUGGAGGGAAACACCUCAGAAGUGCUGACCAACAUGGGCAAGAAGGUCCUGAAGCAGUACCUGGAGGCGCUGGCCGCCAUGAGCUCUGCCCUCAGCAAGCAGCUGGGGAAGUACGACAUGUACUCCAUGGUCGCAGGGAUGGUGUUUGUGUUUCAGCUCCUGUUGAUCUUACUGCUGGCUAUGCCUGAAGCCCUGAGCGGCGCGGCGUCGGUGGACCUCCCCGUCCUCUCAGCCCUGCUCUCGCUGCCUUUCUACCUCCUGUGCCUGCUCCUCGCCUCAGUGCACGUGUUGGUGUGCACAUCUGCCGAGAGCUCCUGUUACUUCUGCAGCCUCUCCUGGGGCCUGGUGUUCGCCGCCGUUGCCUUCUCCUCGGCAAUGUUUUGUAUUCUGGUCUCCAUAGCAACACGGAGGCUUCCCCUGGGGCCGAAGAUUCACGGAAAGUCUCCACUGAAGAGCGGGGACGGCGAGUGGUCGCUGUCGGAGCUGGACGUGCUGCUCCUGGCCGGCACCGUCGGCCACACUCUCAGCCUGGCGGCCAGCAGCUUCGUGGAGGAGGAGCACCAAACCUGGUACUUCCUGCUCAACACGCUCUGCCUCGUCGUCUUCCAGGACGUCUGCCGCAAGUACUUCAGAGAGCAGCGCGGGCCCGGGGGGGAUGAAGAGCCCAUCCUCCCGUCCAAAGACUGCCGUUCCUCCGCUCGCCCCGCAGCGGGGAUUUAUUCGGAGAGGUGGCUGGCGUUAGCCACGCCGCCCUUCACCCUGCUGUGCUGCAGACUGCUGCGCUCCCUCAACCAGACGGGGGUGCAGUGGGCUCAUCUGCCCGAUGUCGGACACUGGCUCAACAGCUCCGAGCACAAGCUGGUCCUCUCCCUGCUGUCUGCAUUCUGUCUGGUUCUCAUCUACCUCCUGGUUCAAAGACGCUGCUCGUGGGUCUCCAAGGUCGCCCUUGCCCUCGGACUUCUGGGUGUCUACAGCUACCGGGCAGCUGUCGGCAAUGUCUUGUUUCCCUGGCAACACGCCGGUCGAACCACGUCCAAGGGGACAGUGGAGGCACGCUUCGUUUACGUCUUCGUCUUGGGCAUCCUCUUCACGGGCACCAAGGACCUGUUGCGAUCGCAGAUCAUCACGGCGGACGCCAAGCUGAAGAGCAGGGGAUUGUGGGAGAUCUACAGCGGCCUGGUGCUGCUGGCGUCGCUGCUGUUCCGUGCGCACAACCUGCCGGUGCUGUGCUGCUGCCUGCUGAUCCAGACCCUGAUGGCUCAGUUCAUCUGGAAGAGGCUGCACUACGACGCGGCGCAGACCACCAUCAUGCACUACUGGUUCGGUCAGGCCUUCUUCUACUUUCAGGGCAAUUCCAACAACAUCGGCACCGUGGACAUCUCGGUGGGCUUUGUGGGACUGGAGAGCUACGUGGAGGCGCCUGCCAUCUUUUUAACGGCCCUCAGCACUUACGCCGGCCCCUUGCUGUGGGCGUGUCACCUGGUCUGCUACCUCAGCUCAGAGAGAGACAGGUGA